UUAAUGAUGAUUGGCCUUAAAUUACCCUCUCAAAAGCGCCGACAUCCCGCUCACGCACCCCCGGAUGCCCACCUCCCGUCCCUUUCUCGCCAACAGGGAAUCUAUAUAAAGAACAACAGGUAAGCGCCCCGAGACAUUCCCCUGUGGGACCCCCGAUAGUACGCACCUGUGCCAACUCACGUCACACACGCACGAUGGCCGCCGAAACUUACGGACAUCGCUUGAUCUACUCCGAGAAAGACAUGUUCCCAUCUGAAGUCAUGUUGGAAUAUUCUACUGAAGACUGUUAUCUAUCCUGGCCGAGGUCUCCUGACUCUGGAAGAUCCAGCUUGGAGCCCACACCAUCUAUGGACGGCAGCAUCAACCAAGACUCCCCGAACCAUAUUGCUUAUCGAGGACUUUCGCGAGAAGUUUUCGAAGACAGUGCUGAAGACUCAGAGCUGCUAGAAGGUUCUGGUAAAAGGAGAGGAAGAGCUACCAGUACAGCUGUAUUGAAGAGGAGGCGUCUAGCUGCCAAUGCCAGAGAAAGGAGGAGAAUGCAGAACCUCAACAAGGCUUUUGACAGACUCCGAGGCCACCUUCCGUCGCUCGGCGCCGACCGUCAGCUCUCCAAGUACGAGACUCUUCAGAUGGCACAAACCUACAUUGCCGCGCUCUAUGAACUACUCCAAUAGGUAAUAGUGAAGUGUUGUGACUUGCCAAAAUCAUCUAGAAAUUAUAAAUACAGGGAUUUUAUUUAUUGUAAAAAUUAAGUACCAGAAUACUCAGUGUUACCAAUUUAAGCACUCAAUUAACUUGCGGUUUAAAGUUACGAGGUAUCUUGUUUCUUACACGCUUACUAUUUUGUAUUUUUUAAUUAAGUUUGCUUGUCAGUAUCCGUCCUACCGAUUUAAGUUAAUUUUAGAGUAAGUAGUUACCUUUAAAGGGUUUUCAUCUUGCCAAGAAAGUAUUAUGUCGAAACAUUCCUUGUAGUUAGGGACUUCGAAGUCAGUGUUGUAGAUAAAUUGUUACUAGUAUAUUUAGAAUGUA